AGAAAUGAUGAUAAAUUCCAACCUGCAAAAGCUGAUGCGAACAAAUGGAAUUUGGUGGAGAGUAAGAAUGUGGUGCAUCUUAAACUCCACACUCUUCAUAUUGGCAUGGGUUUAGCACAAAAAGAACUAAUCCAACUUAUGUUAUGUCAAUAUUUUGAAGCUUUCGCAGGUAUUAAGAAACUGGUGAUUGCAUGUAUUCAAGCAGUCCAUAACAUAUUGAUGACAUAUGCCAACAGCAUGAAUGAUGCUGUCAAUCUAAACACAAUGGAUUGUGUCUCUUGCACAUUAUCAACGCCAUUGCUGCAGAAAAUUUGUUGGUUCGUAAAGCGAUUUAAAACCGCUUGUGUUGAGAUAGCUGCUCUGUCAUGUUAA